AUGAAUAAAAACUUGGUGGAAAAAUCAUCAUUUUCUCAACCAAACAAGGUUUACAUAUCUUACAAUCAGAUUCAUGAAACAAUUCGUACUGCUGUUGAAAAAUCAGAUCUUAUAAAAACGUUUCAACCCACAUUAUUGUUAGCAAUAAGUGCUGGUGGUUUUCUUCCAACACGAAUAUUACGUAAUAUCAUUAAACAUUAUGGUGGAAAAACAUUACCAAUACAAACAAUUGGCAUUUGUCUAUAUGAUGAUGAUAAUGUAGAUGUUGAUUUCGAUAUGCGUCAAAUAAGAAAAACACAAUGGCUAACAUACGAUAAGAAUAAUCAGUUAGCAGUUAAUUUACAAGGUCAAAAUAUCUUGAUUGUUGAUGAAGUUGAUGAUACACGAACAACACUCAGUUAUGUUGUCAACGAAUUAAAGCAUGAUAUUGAUCAACAGCGACAAGAAAAAACAACAGAAGAAUGGACUGAACCAAAAAUUGGUAUAUUUGUGGUACAUAAUAAAGGAAAAGAAAAACGAGCGCAAUUACCAGAUGAAAUAAUGAAAAAUGCGUAUUUUGUUGGUAAAGAAGUUGGACAAGAAUGGAUUGUUUAUCCUUGGGAUGCAAUAAACAUCGAAGAACAUACACGCUUAGCAGAAAAUAUAAUUUCAUAA